AUGUUCGGAAGAGGACCUUCGAGGAAGAGCGACAACACCAAGUUCUACGAGAUCCUCGGCGUUCCUAAGACCGCUGCACCGGAAGAUCUCAAGAAGGCUUACAAGAAGGCCGCCAUCAAAAACCAUCCCGACAAGGGUGGAGAUCCCGAGAAGUUCAAGGAGCUAGCUCAGGCUUAUGAAGUUCUAAGUGAUCCCGAGAAGCGUGAGAUCUACGAUCAAUAUGGGGAAGAUGCACUCAAGGAAGGAAUGGGUGGUGGAGGCGGUGGCCACGACCCAUUUGAUAUCUUCUCGUCCUUCUUUGGUGGCGGUGGAAACCCAUUCGGAGGUGGUAGCAGCAGGGGAAGGAGGCAGAGGCGUGGUGAAGAUGUUGUUCAUCCCCUGAAGGUUUCCUUAGAGGACGUUUAUCUCGGAACAACAAAGAAGCUCUCACUUUCUAGGAAGGUCUUGUGCUCAAAGUGUAACGGGUUACCUGAUACAGUCACUGGAGAUAUAGUCUUCGUCAUUCAGCAGAAGGAGCACCCGACGUUCAAGAGGAAGGGAGAUGAUCUAUUUGUGGAGCACACUCUCUCUCUAACCGAGGCUCUCUGUGGAUUCCAGUUUGUCUUGACCCAUUUGGAUAAAAGACAGCUUCUCAUCAAAUCCAAUCCUGGGGAGGUCGUGAAACCUGAUUCAUACAGGGCGAUAAGUGAGGAGGGAAUGCCGAUGUACCAAAGGCCGUUCAUGAAGGGCAAGCUUUACAUCCACUUCACGGUAGAGUUCCCGGAAUUUCUUAGCCUGGAUCAGACGAAGGCCAUUGAAGCGGUUUUGCCAAAGCCGACAAAGGCAGCUCUGAGCGAUAUGGACAUAGAUGAGUGCGAAGAGACGACGCUGCACGAUGUGAACAUUGAGGAUGAGAUGAGAAGGAAGGCUCAGGCUCAAAGAGAGGCUUAUGAUGACGAUGAUGAAGAAGGUCCGGGCGGCGCUCAGCGUGUGCAAUGUGCUCAGCAGUGA